AACAGUAUAUACAAAACGGUCACGAAGGAGGUUCCGAGAGAAGAGACGGCUGGUCUUAUCCUCUUGCAUCAUGUUUGGGAUUUUUGCGGACUUGAUGUCCUCGGUCGUGACGAUUUUAUUCCCUGUCUUUGCGUCCUACAAGGCUCUGCGCUCCUCCGAUCCGGGGCAGUUGGCACCAUGGUUGAUGUACUGGGUGGUCCUGUCGGUGAUUUUGCUGGCAGAGUCGUGGACGGUUUUUAUUAUAGGAUGGUUCCCGUUUUAUAGCUGGUUGCGGCUUUUCUUUCUUUCCUACCUCGUUCUUCCUCAAACCCAGGGCGCCCGGCUGCUGUAUGAACAAUAUGUCGAUCCUUUCUUGGCACAUCACGAGCGUGAAAUCGAGGUAUUUAUCGGGCGCACUCAUGAACAAGCCAAGGCACUGGGUCUGCAGUAUUUUUACCAGGCUAUCGAUUUCAUCCGUGAGAAGGUCCUGGGCUUGCCUCCGCAGCGUCCUGCGCCCCCGCCUCCCCCCGCCGCAACGGGGCCUGCGGCAUAUGCCCAAUCCCUCCUGUCGCGGUUCAACAUCCCCGCUGCCUCGGGUGGUGCAGCUGCACAAGGCUCUUCGACGGACUGGAUGUCUCCCUUGGCAGCAAUACUGCAGUCUGUGGUUUCUUCGGACAAGAGCCGUGAGGCUCAUAUGGAGCAACUCUCAGCUAGCGGUGGAUUCUUGCCGCGGGAGAUGGCAUCCAUGUCGCGUAAGGACAGGGCGCAGUACAUUGUGUCGCAGCGCGAACUGCUGGAUAUGCUGCGGUCGGCGCUCGUCCGGGAAGAGAAGGGUCUAGACGGUGACAAGGACGAGGGUGACGACGCCGAGACGGAGACCGACGAUCUCGCGUACGGCAUGCCGCUACGCAAGAACCGCAGCGAUAACUCCUUUGACCAUAUUGAAGCCGAUGACCUCGGCGGCGGGUCUCGCGAACGGUCCUCGCCUGAGGACUCGCGGCCGUCCAGUAGUAGCGGGGGGUGGGCGUCCACCUGGUUUGGACAGUCGUCGGGGGCAGAGCAUGUGCAGGGGGAGUCGAGAGCGAGACACCAUUAUUAGGCUGGACUGGUAGCUUGGAUAG